UGAGUUGACUUGACAGAUAACCUCAUAGCAUUUUUGUAAACUAAACAGUUUUGGGUCCGUUUAUUCUGUAAAAACAAUUGGAUUUAUUUAAUUUUUAACGCUUUUCUCCAUCUACAUAGAAUCAACAUAAUCAAUUAAUUACUUUGUACCAUGGCUGAUGUUAAAACCUCGAAGAUAAGCCAGAAUAUUUGCGGACUAUGUGAUGAAAACCCAAGCAAAUAUUGUUGUCCACGAUGUGAAGUAUUUUACUGUUCCCUGGAUUGUUAUAAGUCUGAGAAGCAUUUACAAUGUUCAGAGAGCUUCUACAGAGAUUGUGUGAACUCUGAAUUGAUGGCACACAACGCUGAUGACGAAUCUAGAGACAAGAUGGUGGAUAUUCUUAAACGGAUGCAAGAUGAUGACAAUAUUGAUAUAAAUGACCUGAUAGAGUAUGAUGAUGAUGAUGAGCCAGCAGACUCUGAUGAUGAAGAGGAAGAUGACUUAGAAAAACGAAUAGAGAACAUAAACCUAGAUGAUGCAGACGAAAUAUGGAAUGCAUUGACAGAGGAUGAAAAAAAUGAGUUUGAAGCAUUAAUAAAUCAAGGAGAUGUUGGGUCUAUCAUGCCUCAGUGGGAAGCAUGGUGGAUGUACCGAAGAGAUAAGAAAUUAGUUGAAGAUGUUGAUGUUAAAGUUGACGAUGAAGAAGCGCUUAAAAAUUGUCCAGCAUUGAAAGCUGUACCGAAAUUUGAAUCACUAACAGCUGUGAAACCAUCACCAGCUAUCAAGAGCAACAUAACAAAUGUACUAGCAUCAUACGCUUUCAUCAUGCGGUACUUUAAUGGAGAAAUAGAGCCUGGCGAGGCAACAAUAUGCCUGUUCAAUAUUUGUGAUAAUUUGAACAGUAACACUAACUUUGAUGAUCCUGCUGUUGCUUUGGAGUCCGUUGCACAGAAAUGUUUACAGAGUGAAUUAAUACAAACAGACGAAGCAAGUAUAGCAGUAAUGAAAAAGGACACAUUCCUUCUAAUCCGAGGCCCGAGCGAUGACAAUGAAAAAUAUUAUUGCCAAGCAGCACUAUCCGAUUUACACCACAUACUCAAUAGAGCCAAAACAUUAGACAAACAAAAAGACCAAAAGACUCCCAAAGAUAAGACGGUCUUUUCAAAGAAGUUUCCGGAACAUGAAAAGGAACAUUUGCCCAGUUUAGAUGUAAGUAAAGUGAAGAAAUGUAUCAAGAAAGUUGAGUAUUACUUGUCGUAUGUUGACAGUUAUGAUAUGGAUUUUGAUUAAAUGAUGCCAAUCAUUAUUGAGUCAAUCAAAAUCA